CCAUUCUGAUGACUUUCAUUUCCGUUUCCGGUUUCUUCCCCACGAAAACAGAAGAAUCAUUCUUGCAACGUAGCACAGAGUUUCACGAAAACCAGACGUUUGUGUUUGUGUUGUCGUGCUGGACGUUCACUCGUGGCGGCGUGAGUCAUUUUCGCACGAGACUUGAUGCAGGAAAAUUUGGAAACUUAGUCAAGGGGAUUAUUAUGACAGCCCAAAGGCUUAUAAAAAGCGACGUGUCGAUUCGCAGGUGAAAGAACGAUCAUCGCUCUGUUGUAGGUGAACUGGCUGUCAGCUGAUGAGUGCACGGAUAUUAUAAUACAACAGUAACAGUGAAUAUUAUCGUACAGUUUCGUAUUAUCCCACUCCAUUGUUACAGGUGCCUACCAGUGUUUCUAAACAGACAGGCAUCACAGACCAACCAUGGAGGACUACAAGUUCCUGUUUAAGAUCGUUUUGAUAGGCAACGCAGGGGUGGGGAAAACCUGCCUGGUCAGGCGUUUCACACAGGGCCUGUUCCCCCCCGGCCAGGGAGCUACCAUUGGUGUGGAUUUCAUGAUCAAGACUGUAGAUGUGGAUGGAGACAAGGUUAAGCUGCAGAUCUGGGACACGGCAGGCCAGGAGAGGUUCCGCUCCAUCACCCAGAGUUACUACAGAAGUGCCCACGCCCUCAUCCUGGUGUACGACGUCACCUCCAGAGAGAGCUUCGACUGUCUCCCCGAGUGGCUGAAGGAGAUCGAGCAGUACGCUAACCAGCAGGUCAUCACUGUGCUAGUUGGAAACAAGAUUGACCUCACAUCACAAAGAGAAGUGCCGCCAGAAACAGGUCUCCAGUUCGCACAAGCCAACAACAUGGCCUUCCUAGAAGCUUCGGCCAAGGAGGCGGAAAACGUAGAAACGGUCUUCAUGGACCUCGCCAGGGAGCUAACCAAAAACGCCCGCAAGUAUCUGCUAAGGAACACAGAAACGGUCGACCCAAACAUCACCGAAAUCACAGGAGAGACCACUAAUAUCUCAUACGGGGGGUGCUGUGGGUCUGGCUGAUAUGUCUAUAUGGUUGUUGUUGCUGUAUGAUGAUAUAUACAUUGGGUGCCUAUGUAUAAAAUGGAUUCAAAGUGAAAAGCCUGCUCCUUGCUUUACUUCCACAUGGAGCAAUUUCUGUAGCCUGGUUCGCAGACCGUCUAGAUGUGGCUGGCGUUUAUUUUUUGGGAAAGCGAUGAUUUGCAGUUUUCAACAUGGGCUAUGUUCUGUAGUGCCGGGGACAUCAUUUCCACAUGGUUCUCAGUGUCUGAAUCUAGAAACCCAGAAACAAUCGCCCCUGGUGUUAGAGUAUCUGGUCUAUGUUGAAAAUCGCAAAUCAGUGCUCUCCCCAAAAAUAAAUGCCAUCCACACAUUGAAGGUCUGCAAAGGAGACCACGAUUUCUGAUGAAGAUACCGGUAACUGAUGUACUAUGUGGAGAGAAAGCAACACAAAGUUAGGUUUCACACAUUGCAGUCAAGAACAGUAAGGUGCUCUUCUGUAUUCUGAUGUAUGAUAUGGUCUUACUACUUGUACUUCAUCUGACAAGUAAGUCCUUUUCACAGGACCUAGACACUCCAGGUUUUCCGAGGUAGCAGAGGGGUGUUGUAAUAAAUGAAUCGGUUGGAAUUCAAGGGGGCCCUCUGGUGGCGGUUCUGAAACAAAUUUGUUUUCAGGCAAGUAGAAAAUAUGUACUAGUUGCUGGAGCUGAUGAAGUUGGUGAGAAGGUAGUGCUGUUGUUCCGACAUAUUACUGGGUCCUAUGGAAUCAUAUGGGAUUUUUUCUAUAAGUUUUAUCUUAGGCCAUGUUGAUUCAGUCAUAUGGAUGACAUCUUUGCUUGAAUCAAUUUUCGUCCGUUUCCACACACAAAAAAAGGUUUUGAACAUAACCUUGAAUAGUACAAAACAGCUGCAAAAUGGGCAGAUACUGUAAUUCCUGAUUUUUUCAAUGUACUUUAAUGUUCACGGUUUUCACGGUGAUGUAACGUGAACGUAUAAUUACCGAUAACAAAUAAUACAUGAGAAUUUUUUAAUGCCCACCUGCCAUCACAGUGAACAUUUUGUUCCAAGAACAAGUUAAAUAUUUCUCAAACCGUGAAAGUUUGGUACCAAGAAGACAAAGUGAAUUACAGUAUAUUUGUUGUAGAUUGCAAAUAUCUUCAAGAAUCUGUUGUAACAUGUUGGGUAUACCAUACCGUAUGUAAUACAUUGUUAACUUAAGUCAAUUUUUACAACUUUCCUGACCACUUAGAUUUCAUAAAGAAGGCAACAUUUUUUUUGCCAAACUUUUUUCUUUGCACGCUCGCAUCAGUUUUGUGGUUCCCAGAGGAUGUCAUCCAUAUUAUAAUCCAAUCAACAUGGCAUUAUGAAAGAAAUUGAUAGUAUUGAAAGUAAUUCAAGACCAGAUACAUGUAUGUUGCAUUUGAAAGUGGUCUAAUUCUAUCUUAUUGAUGAAUCUCAUGGCUCAUUAUAUCUGUCCAUACUUUAAUCUACCACUUAUUAUCAUAAAUGUAUACAAAUGUGACCACUUAUCCUUGAAUAUAGUUUUUCUUGACAAAAGUAUUACAUAUAUUAUGAUGUAUCAAUCCCUCCAAAUUUCACCUCUCAGAGACUGAGUGUACUACUUCAUUUGUAUAUUACAUAGUAUUACAUAUUAUUAAUGUGCACAUAGAAAAACAGUGCCAGAUUGACGUAGUGGGAAAGAAAAGACUUGAUGAAGACAAUGACACUAUUUAGUUCAGGACCAAACACAAUAUUGCAGCAUAGUACAAUGCUUAACUUUUUUCCAACACAAAAAUAUACACGGAUCAAAUUGUCAACGACCACUGUCCCCUUCUUCAGGAUCGAUAAUGACCAAUCACUUCAGAACAAUUAAACUAAUGAAAGUUGCAGACACAUGAUCUUGUCCGGGAUACGUGAUGUCAGCAAUUGGUCAAAUGUGCCAGGAAAUUCAUAACACUCAAUGUCCCGGUUUAUUGAUGGUGGAGUGUCCCGAUAUAUAUGGCCUCCCUUUUAUCAUGUGUCUGUGACUCUAGUAAGUUUACGUUCUGAAGUGAUUGGUCAUCAUUGAUCGUGGUCGUUGAAAAUUUGAUCUGUGUAUACCUUUGUGUUGGAAGAAUUAGUUUAGCAUUUUACUACGAUUACUACCAUUAUAUGCAGAUGAGUUUCCAUGACAAUAGGCAGCAUUGACUGUGCAUUCCGUAUUGAGCUCACUGAAGCUACCUGUAGUACAACAAAAUUUUACAUCCACCAUCCAAAAGACAUUUUCAGCAUAUGUUGGGCCCAGAGAGCGACACAAAUUUCCGAAGCUCAUACAGUGACUGUAGGAUUUUUGUGAUUGUGAUACAAUAUAUGUAGGACCAAGAGCUACAUGUAGUAAGCAUAUUUCUCAGGGCUGGAUGCAUUUCUUUUUCAUUAGCAGUCAUAGUACAGUCAAACUUGCCUAAGAAGACCACUCAGGGGACCAGUUAAAUUUGGUCUAUAUGGACAGGUGGUUGAUAUAAACGGCUGCAGGAUUCUUAAUACUUCUGUCAAUGGGGAAAAUUAUCUGAGGGGCCACCAAAAUGUGGUCACAUUGGCCAGGUGGUCCUUAUGUAGAGGUGGUAUGUAGAGUUUUUCUGUACUUCUGUUAGGGUCACUAGUGUAGCCUGGUAUCCAGCCGUAUUAUAGCUCCCGAGUCUCUUCUGUCCUCUUCGCUAUAAUACGGCUGGAUACCAGGCUAUCACUAGUGUUCUGUUGAACACUGUACUGGAUGUCAUGAACGUAUGAACAUUUUCAUUAAGGAGGUUGACACUUGCUAUAAAAGAAUUUUAGAAUACCAUAACGAAGACAAUGAAUGAAAUGGGGUGAGUAGAAAAAGAAGUCACAAAGAGUUGCUUUAGUACAAUGUUGUAAACAGUUCUUUGUUCCUUGCUUGUAAAAAGAUGCAUGGGCUCUAUCUUAAUGGUGCUGGUUUUCCUACUGGGUACCUUAAAGGUACAGAAUGUGCUGCAAAGAAUUGGCUGUAUUCUUUCAGCCAUGCUUGUAUACAUUUCCAGCUUUGCUUUUUGGACUACUUUUAACAUUUACCAGUAAGCGAAAGCUGAAAAACAUAUGGUUUGAGUCACAUCACUUGCUCUGGCUGUAGUGUACAUAUAGUUUGAAUGUUCCCAAUUGCAUAUCUAAGUUAUUCUGGCUAAUGUGAGGUAUAUUUUGUGAUGUAGUAAUGUAUCUAUGCAGUGGGGCUAUUUUUGUGGCUAUGUAUGGUGCUAAGUGAGGUGUAGUAAGCUUUGUCUUUCUGAUUUGCCGAACGUGUAUGUAACAAAUCCCUAGUACAGUAUUCUGUAUUCUAAUAAAAAUCCCACCUACAUGUUAACUCUUCUCGGAGCUGUAUGAAUUCUUCAAGUACUAAAAAUGUAAUAAAAUUGGAUCAGUAAUAAAUAAUAUUCAUGUAGGUGUAAAAGAUAUAUUUUAGAACAUUUUAUGUUCAUUGCUCAGAAGUGACUUACACUGUAAGUUGUACUAGUAAGGGAGCUGAAGAUAUGAUAUAUAUGUUACUGUUUAAAUACUGUAAUCUGUUGACAACUUUUUGAUUUCAAAUGUAAAUGGUGUGGACAAGAUGGGAGUUAUUGGAAGAGAUGAAUUUAGAGAUUGUAAGAAAUAAAGGGAAAGUCAAUGGCA